AUGUGGGACAAAAUAAUUUACGCAUUUGUUAUAAUGCUUGCUACUUAUAUACUCAAGCAACUAUUUUCGGAAACGCCAAAUAAUAUUAAGUUUCAAUCGAAGUUUCUCGUAUUUUACAUUUGGACUUCCUUCGUGGCAUUAUUUACGUUACCUUUUUUUGUAUUUCGACCAAAAAACGUGAAGAACUCACUAUGUGGAGCCCAAAUCGUUAAGCAUGUAACCAAAUUAAUUGAGGUCAAAUGGCAUUUAAGGAAUGGUAGGAUAUUGGCUGAAGAUAGGGGAGCAGUUAUCAUAUCAAAUCACCAAUCUUCUCUAGACAUUUUAGGCUUGUUUAACGUAUGGCAUGUAGCAGUAAAAGUUGCAGCAAUUGCAAGAAAAGAACUCUUUUAUAUCUGGCCCUUCGGUCUUGCCGCAUAUUUAGCUGGAGUUGUAUUUAUUGACAGGAAUAGCACCAAGGAUGCCUACAAACAACUUAAGAUUACGUCAGAUGUGAUGAUAAAAAAUAAGACAAAAAUAUGGAUAUUUCCCGAAGGAACCCGGAACAAGGAUUUUACGAAGUUACUGCCAUUUAAAAAAGGCGGUUUCAAUAUAGCAGUUGCAGCUCAGGUGCCAAUCAUUCCAGUUGUCAUAUCACCAUACUACUUUAUUAACAGAAAGAAAAAUAUUUUUAGCAAAGGUCAUGCCAUAAUCCAAUGCCUAGAACCGGUGCCUACAAAAGGUCUAACAAUGGAAGAUGUACCAGAGUUAAUAACAAAAGUGAGGAAUAUCAUGGAAAUUGCAUACAAGGAGUUAUCAAAGGAAGUUAUUAGUGCCUUACCGCCUAACUAUCCCUUAGAAACUGAGGACUGA